UUUAUCUAUGUACAAGCAUAUUUUCGUGGAUGGUUUUAAUUGCAUUUAGUUCGCAUACGAUUUAUCAUAUGAUGAAUAAAAAGUUUGAUCUACCGUUUAUGGAUUUGCACAGCUUAUUUCAAAAUAGUAAAUAUGAACUACUUGCUUUCAAAGGUUCAAUGAUAAACCAACUUUUGCAGAAAAAGAUCGGAAAAUAUGUCAUGAACUCUCGAAAUGCUGCUCGAGUUUUUUAUACUUCUUCAACAUUUGAACUAUAUAAUGAAAUUUGUUUCUCCAAGAAAAAGAGACUCGCAAUUUUUGAAGCAGAGGAUCACCAUGAAACUAUGGGCAAAUUAUUUUGUCAAUUAGUUCCGACAAAAAAAUCUUAUUUCAUAAGUUCUAUAGCAUCCGGUGUUAAACGAGGAUAUAGAUAUAAGCGCAGUUUUGACAUUGGAAUUAUGAAAUUAGCUGAAACAGGGCUUAUAAGUGCAAUAAGAACCCGUUGGAUAAAUUGGAAAGUAGUGGGAAAUAAUGACAUGCCUUUUCAAUCAAUUGAUAUAAGUCAAGUAACCAAAAAUGUAAAUUUAGUUCAAAAUUAG